UCUGCGCGAACGAAUUGAGUAACCAGCAAUGGUCCUAGCUUGCGCGAUCCAAAAGAAGACUUGUGUGUCUCAUCCAUAGGAAGCCCUUUGGCUGUCCAUCUUCAGCCAGCCUCCCGUCACACAUGCUUAUUGCCCACAGUGUUGCUACUCAAAAACAACAGCAACGCAACCAUCGAUAUCAGUCAGUCAUCACAACCACACAACGCUGUAAGGCUCAGCCACAUCGAGGUCCACCUUCACCUCGCCCUCCCAAUCCACCACCACACGGCCCUUCUCAUCAGCGGAAAACGUCUCGCCUUUCCCCUCCCUCACCCCCUCCCCCUCUCUCUCCAGCGCAACAAUCACCUUACCCUUCGGCAACGCCUUCAUCACACUCGCUGCAGCUGCUGCUGUGUCCCGUGUCGCAUUAGUUGCAUUGCUGUCCACCCGUACUUCCGCCAAAGCUAGUUUCGCGUUCAGCCGGCUAAUUUCGGCUUUUUGUUGCUGUGUGGUGUGGGCGGCGUCGCUGGCCUGCUCUUCGGCCAGCACCAGUCUUGCGCUCAGCCGGCUUAUCUCGGCUCUCUGGUCGCUGACUUUGCGACUGAAUCGGUGCAUGGCUUCGUCCAGGGCACGUUGAUGGGCUGCACAGACGUCCGUGAGGUUCUCUUCGCCGACGGCAGCUGCCUUUUCAGUGCCUUGAUGCCGCAGCGGCAAAGAUACGUCAUCUGUAUCUGCUUCAGCAACUGUAGACAAAGCCUGCAGGCAUAAGCACAGAGUGACGGGACGCACGUGUGGGAGGGAGUAGGACGUCGUUACCUCUAUCUGGCCCCUGAGAUAGCCGCACCCCGAUUCAGUCUGCACACACACAGAGAAGACGCAGUCAACUGGCAUCCGUGUCUUCUGUGCUGUUCCCCUCGAUCUCCUGUGCUGUACGUACCUGAUGUCGCAGCCUUUCCGCCAACUUGUUGGCCUCCUCCAACCUGCAGACAGACAAACCAGCCAGCAAUACGACACGCAGACAGACUGCAGGCACCCGUUCCACCCCCCUCACUUGAACAGUGCCAUGUUCCACUUCUCCUUGACCGUCUCAAUGUCGUCCUCUUCCUCACUCUCAGCAGCCUCCGACUGCCCUCCCUCGCUGCCCCCGAUCGACAGCGACGCCCGCGACAUGCGUGGCGUCAUGAAGUCCGCCUGCGUCCCCGCGUCCUCGGUGGGGCGGAAGGGCAGGGUGGGGCUCUGCUUGAGGGUGCGCACUGGUUCCACCUGAGCCAUCAUCUCCCUGUCCCCAGAUGGCACGGCCGUCCAUCUGCCGGUGCCUGCCGUCUGUUGGCGGAUGAAGGGCACAUGCUGCGCAAUCGAGAUGUCUUCCUGCCGUCGGCGGCCGGCUGCUACCGGUGACUCCUCUUUCUCCUACAACAGGUGAGAGCAAAUGCGCUCCCGACUGAUGUGAUACCCACGUGGGAACAAAAGCAUGGAUUGCAUGCCAUGCUCGUACCGGUUCGGCAGCAAACCUGACGGUCAUGCUGCGGUUGAGCCUCAGUUUGUCCUUUCCCCCAGGAGUCUCGUCACCGAAGAGGUCGUCGACUUUGAUCGUCAUCUGAUCACACGUGUACGAAGAGGGCAGAUGGUCGUUCACUCCUGCAAGUGCGUGUCCCCGUGCUGUACAAACAUACCUGCCGGUCCAGCAGCGCACGUUCCAUCGGCUCGGCGCUGUCCACGACGGCCGUCUUCUCCAUGUCCCUCUCGUCGAAUGACCUCCCGCUCCUGGCCGACUGGUGAAGCGACUGAGAGGCCUGCGACUCCCACCACCGGCGUAGGCAGGUCUGUCACCACUCAGCUGACUUCUUCGCCGCAUUUGGGGGACCGGCAGAUCACGGACUGUUCUUGGGGUUUCGGACCUCUCCGUUCUUCUGUGAGGAUCUGAUGAAG